UUUGAUACGUAACAGAAAACUCAAUGGAUUCAGGACUGUAUCAAGCAGUGUUGUCAAAUAUCUGCCCUGGCCGAUAUUCCGGCAUAAUCUACCAUAAUCCGUCAUCCGCCAUCAGUAUUUGUUAAAUAUGGCUUUUUCGGAGUUUUCGCCAAAAUCGACCAUCCGCCAUUUACAACACUGGUAUCAAGAUGAUAUCAGGUCAUGGCUUCUGAAAAUGAAGGAUGAAUACAAAGAAGUGAAAGCAAAGUAAUUGUCUAGGCAAGUUCAAGAAUCUUAACUAAUUCCAGCCUAUCUUCAGAACGCCUUCCUCACCAUAUACCUGUUACUAGUAGUCACACACGCCCCAUUGUCCUCGGUUUUGCCAACUCAGAAGUUUGAUAUUAAACAGAGAAUGGGAAAAGAUGUUGAUGAAGUUAAGAAAACUGCUCAUUUCAUAAAGACCAAAGUUGAAGAACUCGACAAAGAGAAUUUGGCAAAUAGGCAGAAGCCUGGCUGUGGAAAAGGAUCAGCUGUUGACAGGUCAAGAACAGCAACAACCAUUUCCUUAAAAAAGAAACUGAAGGACAAGAUGGCUGAAUUUCAGAACCUGAGAGAAGCCAUUCAUGAAGAAUAUCGCGAGGUUGUUGAGAGACGUGUCUUUACAGUAACGGGCACAAGAGCUGAUGAGGAGACAAUUGACAGAUUAAUUGAAACCGGAGAUAGUGAACAAAUUUUCGAGAAUGCAAUUCAGGAACAGGGACGAGGCCAGAUAAUGGACACGCUGGCAGAAAUUCAAGAGCGACAUGAAGCUGUUAGAGAUGUUGAGAGGAAGCUUCUUGAUUUACAACAGGUAUUUCGUUUGGGUAAACAACUUAAUUAAACACUUAUUGUCAUAAUGGCUUAUUGAAUAAGUGCUUACUCACCAGCCAGUUUCAGAAGAUUCUUGAAAGAAGCUCAAAAUAGGUUAGGUAGCCAAACAUAACACAUAAGCGCUUAUUUAUAACCUAUUAUAAGUAACUAAUGAAAAUAAGUUCAAAACAGCUUAUAGACAAGCUAUGAAGCAUGGACACCUUGCACAUAUGGAGUGUCCCAAUGUCGGACACCGACAUUCGAAAGACACUAACACGACACGUGUCAGUAUUUUUGAUAGAACCAGUAAUUUCUGAACUGAAAUAUAUAUGUAUUAAAUGGAAAUAUAUGAGCUAGAGCUCUUACAAUGGAUGAAAAAAACACCAGAGUCAGUGACUCCUACCAGAGAUAUUCUCUCCUAUAACAAUACUACCAAUAUCCAGAAUGAUCCUCCUGGCCUACUCUGCAUAGAGAUAGUAGAGCUUUUAUUGAGAGCUGUGAUAGAUGUAAGCGAACUGGCAACAUAUCAAGGAGAAAUGAGAUGCCCUUGAAAAAUAUUUUGGAAAUUUAGUUAUUUGAUGUUUGGGGCAUCGAUUUCAUGGGACCCUUCCCACCUUUCUUUGGUUGUUAGUAUAUUUUAAUGGCUGUUUACCAUGUUUCUAAGUGGGUUGAAGCCGCUGCACUCUCAACAAAUGACUCUAAAGUUGUGGUUGCUUUUCUAAAAAGAACAUUUUCACUAGGUUUAGUGUUCCUAGGGCGAUUAUAAGUGAUGGGGGUACUCACUUUUGUAAUAGAGCUUUCGAGUCUCUCUUGGAAAAGUAUGGUGUUAAGCACAAAGUGUCUACCCCCUAUCACCCUCAAACUAGUGGGCAAGUUGAGAUACCUAAUUGGGAGUUGAAACGUAUUCUGGAAAAGGUGGUAGAUUCUUCCAGAAAGGAUUGGUCAAGGAAACUUGACGAUGCUUUAUGGACCUACCGAACCGCUUUUAAAACUCCAAUUGGUACCUCUCCUUUCCACUUGGUUUUUUGGGAAAGUGUGUCACCUACCUGUGGAAUUGGAACACAAGGCCUAUUAGGCUAUUAGGAAGUUGAACUUUGAUUGGAAAGUUGCUAGCGAGAAGAGACUCUUGCAGUUGAAUGAGCUCGAUGAGUUUCGACUCCGAGCAUAUGAGAGUGCUAGCAUCUACAAGGAAAAGACAAAGAAGUGGCAUUAUAGAAAGAUUUUGAAUAGGGAAUUUGUCUCAAGGCAAUUCAUGCUGCUCUUCAAUUCUAGAUUGAGACUUUUCCCUGAGAAACUUAAGUCUAGGUGGUCUGGACCUUUUGUGGUCAAAAGGGUGUUUCCCAAUGGUGUUGUUGAGAUUGAAAACCCUGAGACAAAGAACACUUUUACUAUGAAUGGUUAGAGGUUGAAGGUGUAUCAAGGAGGUGAGGUUUUGAAGGUGGAAACCAUGUUUUUCAAACCUUCAGCUUGACAAGGAGGAUAGUCUACCUAAGAUUUGGUUUGCUUGGGAGACAACCCAAGUUUUGGUUUGCAUGUUGGUUUGUUGCAUUUUGCAGGGAGAGAUUGAGUCCUAAAGGAAGAGGUGGACUCGAGACCUUCGUUGUGUUUGAUAAAUGAGAUUGAUUCUCCCUUCUAAGCAUAGUCCAUACAUUUUUUUUGGCAUAAUUUUUUCCUUGGUAGGGAUAAUUUAUCUUUUUGAUCAUGCAUUGUUGUAGAUAGAGUCUUUUUAUGUCCUGGUCAUUAUUUCCCUAUACUUAAAUGACAUGUCCCGAGUUUUUCUCUCCCACAUGAUGCUUCUUUUUGAAAAUGUUAGUGGAUACUUUGUGUUGUUUUGGGGGAGUGAUUGUAUGUUUAGGAAAGAGAGGGGGAGACUUCGGUCUUCUAAAUGUUGUCUUGAGGAUAGAGUUGAUGUGAGUCCACAAGGGUCCAUCUUUGACCCUUCACUAUAUAAUUUCCCUGGAGGAUCCUGACUCACUUGCACUUCUUGGUUCCGCGUUGAAUUCAUUCUUUGCAUGCUUUAAGAUACUUGCAUUCUUGAGACUUGUAGGUUUUCUUGUACCUCAGACUUUGUAUUUACUUGUCCCUAGUUACCCCUUUUGAGCCUUAUGGAGAAUUAUUUGUUACCUUUGUUAUGUGGGCUGGUUGUUUGGUUGAAAAAAGGGAGAGUUGUGGUCCUUAAUUCUCAAAGGAACUAGCUUGUGAAUUUGUAAUUGUCUCUCACCCCAAGUGUCAUGAAAAAGUGAAUGAAAAUCAAAAGAUAAAAAGAAAGAAAAAGUCGAAAGAAAAAGGAACUCCAUGGCAAAGGUGGAGUUCCAAAAAGAAAAGAAUUGUGUUGAAAUAAGAUGAGGGUUGAGAGGCUUGGGUGCUAAGUAUCAAUAGCUUGGAAGCUCUAGAGUCCCAAUUAGGACCACACUCAGGUUUUGCAGCCUUAGUCUUCUUUAGGGACCACCUACCUUGUGCUUUACCUAGCCAACAUUACCCUUUUGAAGUCUCAUUGAAUAAUGCAUGGUCAACUUUAGUUGCUCAUGAGUGAAUGAUUCCCAUAAUCUAUGAAUUUGCUUGUGUGCUCAGUGCACUAAAUGAUUGUCUCAUGCUAGGAUGUUAGCCCUAAAUGCUUCUCAUAGUGGACUCUAAAUCUUCUUUGUUGAAAGUUGCAUGAAGUUGAUUGUUGAAUCUUCCUCUUGGAACUAACUGCGCUCACUUGGUCUCCCGGUUUUGUGAAAGUGUAUCCCUUCUUUGGCAUGUGUGUUGGGAGCAAUUCUUUAUGCUUGAGGGCAAGCUAAUCUUAGUGACGCUCGAGGGCGAGCUGUCGUUGAGUAUAGUGGUGUGAUGAACCUCGUUUAGUAGUGCUUUUAGGUUCACUUUGUAGUGAGUUUUUGAGUCUUUUCUCUUUGUCUCAUGUAGUGUUUCAUGUAUUCUCAUGCAUUUUUAGCUUUAUUUGAGUUUUUGUUUAGCUUUGGUAACUAUGUCUUGCAUUUUUAUAAAGUUUAGGUCUUGCAUGUGUUUUCCAGUGAAUUGUGAGGACUAUUAUGCUUUUAACCAUUUGAAUUUCUUGAUAUUUUUCCUUUUCUUGGUCCUUAAGUGUUUCAGCUGAUAACUCAUGAAGAGGGAAGGCAAAAAAGCAUGAAGAAUUGAUGGAAACAUUCAAAGGGGGGUUACAAGAAGAUGGAAAGCCAUUUCAGCGAGCAUCUGGCGCUCCAGCGCCCAUGUCUGGCACUCCAGCGCCAGCGUUCCAAAUGCAGGGUUGCUAGCUUCUGCCUAGGGAGCGCUCAGGCGCCCCAGGGCAGCGCUUGAGCGCCCCUGUUCGCCCAUUUCGCCCAUUUCGCCUAUAAAUAAGGCUUUGGGGCUUGUGAGAAGCUUCAACCUUGUAAUUUCUCAGGUUUCUUUACAUUUUAUUGUAUGGAUUUACUAGCCAUGAGUGGCUAGUUCACUUUUUGCUUUGGGUUUUAGUGAUUCUAUGAAACUCUAGUUAUAAUUCCUAUGCCUUUUCUCUUGAUUUUACCUUGAAUUUCAA